AUGACACACGAUAACAGCACUAGGGUUCAAGCCCCUAACUACUCAGUGGCAGCUAGCUCCCUGUAUGACGGGCCCUCCCUAAAACCCUCGGGAGGGGUGGGUCCUGAUAGUUGCAGCAACCCUGUUACUACCCUUUUAGUUCGUAGGAAAACCCCUUUUCAGGUUAGCACCUUCAACUGUAGGACUCUCAACCCUGUAUCACGUAAACAGGAGUUAGCUCACUCAGCCUUCCUGCAUCAUAAUGAUGUUAUCUCCUUGCAAGAGCAUCGCCAACACCACAAAGAAUCCCUAAGAAUUGAAAACAUCUUAUCAUAUCAGCUCAUCACUGCUUCUGCUACGAAGAAUUCAGUUAAUGCGUCAGUUGGUGGUGUUGGGUUUCUUUUAUCUCCUAGAAUUCAGAAAUCUCUCCUAUCUGUAGAGAAAGUUAAUAGCAGAAUCAUCUUGCUCCAUGUAAACGGGAAUCCUCGCCUCACAGUCCUCUCAUGUUAUGCUCCUACUAACUGCAGUGAUAUUGAAGAUAAAACUGCAUUCUACAACGCUCUAACCAGGAUCAUCUCUAAGGUGCCUCCUCACAACAUGCUAGCAGUGUGCGGUGAUUUCAACGCGAAGCUCAGUAAUAGCUACGGUUUCACAUACCAUCAGUCAACCAACGACAACGGCGAACGACUACUGGAUCUGGUAGACCAACACCAGCUGAUAGUUGCUAACCGCUGUUUCCAGAAACCGGCUAAUAAAAUUUGGACCUAUGAAGACCCCAAAAGAGCAAAGCAUUAA